UUUGUGUGUGCUUGGAUAGACAGAAAAGCUCAAUGAAGUGAGCGAUCGGUGGACGAGCAGCUGAGCCAUCGCGAUGCCGUGUUUGGGGGGCAUACAUUAGCAUUUAAACACGCACAGCAACGAGGUUGAGACGCGGCCGAAUGAUCGGUGGCCGCUUCGCAAGCAACAGCAGUAACAGCCAAGAGCAGCAAUUCAGUUGAGUGGCUACCGCGAUAAAAAGCUAAUGUUAUUCCGUCUAUGGUAACAUUAUAAAUAUUUCGGAUAAGUGGAUUUUCACUGAUGUGGUAAAAUAGUGUCACUUUCUGUGAUGUGCUUUUUGUGAAAGAAAAAAAAAUUAAAAACACUCCACAUUGUCCAUUGAGUGCCUAACAAAGAAUGUGUAGUGGAAAAAUCCCCUGAGCUUUUGGGUGAUCUUUCGUGGCCAUCAACUAUCAUUGCUCUCGACUCUUUCCAGUGACGUCUUACCAAUUUACAGACUAUUUUUUUUAUUGCUCUUACGUCUUCCACAUAAAUUAUUUCCAUCUCUCUUGCUCCCUAUAAUUUGUUCCCGGCGCGUGGUGCAGUGAAAGAUCCAAGUGAAGCUAUCAGUUAUUCUAUAAUGGGCAAAAAAAGUCACUAAAAUAGACUUUGAUUGUGAAGAGCAAAGUGAUCUUUGAAAAAAAGCUCAUUUCAGUGCUUUUUUUUUAAAAAUUAAUUUGAAGUGAAGAAAAAAUUGUGUGAAAGAUAUGCAUCAGGUUGCGUGGCAAAAGCAUUGGCGAAAGAUCACGAGUGAUGCUGUACAAUGGAAAUGGUGAUCAAGUGAUCGAUCAAUGUGGAAAAGCAGCUUCCAGAAAAGAUUGAUCAUGAUCCUCGUGGAAAUAUGAGAAGAAGUGGCCAGUCAAAGAAUAUACAUAAUCAUCCUCAACGAUCAUUGUCCACUGACACGAAUAAUCUCCGCGAAUUGCUAAUUCGAGCAAAAGUGAAGAAUCACAGCACUACGAUCCAACGUCGAGUGUCCAUCUCCGGGAGUGAAUUGCCCAUCAGAGAGUCGGAUGAGUGUGAGGCUCAGUGGUGUGGCGACGAAAUGACCGCCAAUGAGCUGUGCAGUGGAUUGACGUCAACGAGUAUCUGGGCGCAGGGCCCCAGUAGAUCUGGGGCGACGGCGGGUGUGGGAGGAUCGUCUGUGACACACGGUGAUGUGCACAUGUGGGCUGAAGCGCGUCAGUGCCGGCAGCCUCGUCGACUGGUGGAGUUCGACAGUGGGGCAGAUAAGGCAGUUGGUCGUAGUCACGGGAAGGCAGUGGAUGUGCGCGUUAGUUGCCGGAGAACAGUCAGCACUGGUGAAAGUGUGGAGCACCAGAAAGUCAGCAGAACUACAGAGACUGACAGUGAACUAAGUAGUGAUACGGCAUCCAGUCGUCGUCAGAGAAAGACUGUAGUCUAUCGAAGAGAUUUUCCCAGUGCUAUUGACGAAGAAAAUUCUGGUGAUCAUCCAAAGUAUCCAUGUGUUGAGCGUCUCAUUCAACUCUAUACAGCAAUGAUUCACAAGAGGGAAGAAGAGAUGAGUCCAGAAGUACUUUUGCAAAGUGCCAAAAAAACUGAGGCAACCACCAAGGAGAUUGAUGUUGAGACAUGUGAACGUGGUACACUCAAUCGGAGUCCUUUCUCCGAUGAAGGAUGCUCGACACAUCAGAGUCCCUAUUCCAGUGAUGAUGAUGAAAUUAAGGGACGUGGCAAGAGGCGUGAUAAAGUUGUGCGAUCAUCGAGUUCAGAUUCUGCACUUGGUCUCGAGGAUGAUCAUGAGCCACCAGUGAGCACGGUGAGACGAAUGACAUUAACCGUGACGGACAUUCCCCUUCGACCGGCAUUGUUGCCACUUGCAGAACCUGCAUUCCUCAAUUGUUGCGAAAAUCCCGCCGUCGCUGUGUCUACUGAUACUCCGGCUCAUAAUGUGCCCAGUAAGAUGAUUCUGGAGGCACAAGUUAUUGAAAUUCCCACCACUGGAGCUGAUGAUGCCACCACAGAGGCAUCCAUCUCUCGACGUGAAUCAGCCCAGAGUUUUCUCAGUGAUGCUGAUGAUGGGCACACUGUGCGAUAUGUUAGGACACCCUCUGUGGUGGUAUCAGACUACUCGGACGACAUCAUGUGUGGCAUAACUCUGGAGGAGAUUGAGUAUUUCCGGCGACAGCAGAGACGACGCAGCAGUGGUGAUGGCAUGGGUGCCGAUGGGGAUGGUUUUUCGGAUGUGAGUGCCGCCUCAUCAUGCAGCAAUCUCAACUACUGCGGCAGUCACAUUAGCACCCUCGAUGGAUGUGAAUACACCUAUGGCAGUGGGGGUCUUAUGAUGCCUGAACGCAAAAUCUCUGACUGUUCCACAUGCUCCACCGUCAGUGGAGAUGAGGAGGAUACCUUUCGGGCAACAAAGCGUGAUCACAAGAAGCCUUUUUCGCACGAUCGUUUGAGAUCACAUUUAAAUCAUUGAUGAUGGUGAUCUUCCAAGUGAUCUUUUCUGUGGGUGAUCUCGUACAGAGCUCUUGCUUCACAUCGGAAAUCACACAGGAAACUCAUGUUUAGAUGGAAGAGAUUGCUGAUCGCACUAUAUCAGAAGCUUCUUGGUAAAUCCUCAGACUAUCUGUUAAUAAGUCACAAGAAUUAUGUGAAUUUCCUCGCGAAACCGCGUGACACAUCAAUUAUGGGUACGUGAUCAUUCAUAAAUAAUGUCUUGUGUGUAAGUUUAUCCAUAUAAUUGUAAUUGUGGUAACCAUAAACAGUCAAUGGGGAGAGAAGAUGGAAAAUUACUAUGCUCUGCAUAUAUCUUAUGGGCAAUAAACUAAAUCGGAAUUAAUGUAAAUUACACAGAGAGGUAAAUAUAUAUAAAUGGAAGGAGUCUCAAGUGGAGUUGAGAAAUGAGAUGGAGAUACGGGAAAAAGAAGUGCCACGAUGAGGAAGAUAAUUACAGAGUGUGACUCUCGCACCUCUAAAUUUACAAAUAAAUUGAGACAAAUUGGAUGUGUCGCAGAUACAUGAUGUAAUUAGUGCACGCACACGCAUUUUGCAUUUUAAACGAGAGGAUCUCACCAUUGAUCGUGAUUUGUUUUCAAAUGGUCAGUAGGCAGAUCUUAUAGAUGGAUGGUAGUGAUCAUCCAAUCCAGUAACACCAUCUGGGGGAUCUGUGGGAGAUUCUACGGAAUGCCAAAUGCGGUGGGGGGAAUAUUCUUGUCGUCAUAAUGUUUUUUCAAAUAUUUUGAUCUGUGGAGUGAUCUUUGAGAGGGUGUUCCGGGUGUCCCUUCUGGGAAGAAAGAUCUUUGCUGAUAUAUCACAAAUGAUAGCGCUGAGAAAAUUGAUGGAGAUGAUGAUGUAGCCGAUCAAGUGGUUGAAGUCAGACAUUAAUCAAAGAGACCGAGAAGUAGUCAUUAUGAGUCACAAAGUGAUUCAAAUUGAUAGCAAUCUUAUGUAAGAGAUCACGAUCCGAUGCGCUAUGGAGAUCAAAAAGGCGCUACAUUUUAAUAAAGUGAACCAUCAAUAUUCCUGCGUGUAAAUAAUAUUCAUUGGACACUGAUGAUUGACCUCAAUUAAUCAAAUUACCCCCAAGCAUCCGUGUCAAGUGAUCACAUCGUUGACCAUACAAUUAUUGCUAAAUACUUUUCACUGACAUAAACAAAACAUCAAUCAUAGUCUGUGGAAGAUCACAAGAAUGGCUCCAUUUCAAGACCAUGUACAAUUCUAACUGUAUAAUAAUUAUUCAUACUUCGGAAAUAAGUUGACAUACAACACUUCAAAUUCUCCUGAAAUUUACAAACUGGUAUAUCAUAAUAAUUUACGUAUCCAUAAAAUAUUUAUGAACAUAUAUCUUGGUGGAUGCGUGAGGGAACUGAUGGUGAAUCAAUCAUUUGCAAUUGUAAAAUGUCCACAAAUAGUCAAUGAAGACACCAAGAUAGAGAGGGAGUAAUAUUACGGAAUGAAAAUUGAUUUAAAAUCUUUCCCUCUCUCACUCACGCGAUUACGUUUUGGAAAAGGAAAAUUUAUUGUUGAUUUGUAUGUGUAUCCAAUAUGAAUGUUGUUUAUAAAUCUGCAUGAUCACAGCAUAAAUAUAUCGAAUUGGAAUCGAUCGUUGAGAGAGAAGAUGGUGUAUAUAAUUUAUUUAUUUAUAUGUCGAUUAAUUUAUGAAUCGACAUCCCAUAUGCGAGCUUAGUACAUUUCUCAUUGCGAAAAGGAAUGAUCUUCGCGCUGUUCAUACUCAACAGAGUAAUGUUUUCUUCAUGGGUCUCUUCACUGGCGUUCAGCUUUGUGCAACCACUUGGCAAUUUAAUCUAACAGUGUGACCACUAAAGUUUUCCAAAACUUGAAGGCCAAUGUGAUAAGAAUUUGUAUAUCUUUCAAGUGCGUCAUAUGAAUUCCCCAACUCAAAGAUUGUGACGGAAAACCUAAAAUUAUUUUAAGCUAUUUAAAAUUGUGUUCGUUUUUAUCACGAGAAUUCUCCAGAGAGGCCAAUUCUUCCAAUUUUUAUUUAUUCCACGAGAGAACUGUUUCUGAGAUCCAUAGCUGUGCCGUAGAUUAUGCCACGAUGUCUAUCCAUUCGUUCAUCCAAUAGUGACUUGUUGUCUUCAGAGGGAACCCCUUUACUUAUUAUAGUCGACCUAUGAUAAUUAACAUUGUCUUAUUUUAUUCUUCACCUAAAACCAUGUCUGUUUGAUUUCUUUAUAAUAACUUUAAUAAUUUAUGUUAUUUUCAGAUACGUUUAAUAGAUCGUCUAUACUUAGGAAUAGGUUCUAAAGUUUCGGAUGAUGGAAGUAUCGGAGUACUCGUUGUUUUCUAAAAUGAAUUUGACCAAUUGCCCUUUUCAGGAAAUGCUAUAGGUCUAGCUGACGUGGGAAAAAUUCUAGCGGUGCGAAACUUCUAUCUUCCGAAGCUUCAAAGCCCUUUUCUAUUUUUGGUUUAGGACAAUUACCACUGCUUCUAAUGUUUUUCCAUAUUCAAAGUUCAUGAUAGAGUAUUUCUUCAGAGAGAAGAAAAUGUUUCGAGAUAGUCCAAGUAGUUUAGAAAUAAAAAUUAGUGUUUGGUACUACACUACCCCGUGUUUGGUGGUGCCCCAGUUUCCCCUAACACUGUCUUAUUUUAUACUUCUAGCUUUAACUAGCUUCUAGCUUUAACUGUUUUUAACAGCUUUAAUGAUAAGAGCUUUAACGUUUAGGACAAGUUUGCGGCCCUUUGAAAAAUCUUUCAGUCCUAGAUAAAUCACAAUCAGUUAUACACUGCGCACUGGUGAAUAAUUAAAUGAAUCGACAAUUGGUUGUUUUUGGAAAUUUACCUUAUGAAGAAUCAUGAUCACGAGUGCGAUCUUUUUCGCAAAGUUGAUUUACAUUUUUCAAUUUUUUAUGUUUACCAGUUCAGAAUUUAUUUAAACUAAUGCAUAGAUUACCUUACAAUUUGCCCAAAAUCACAGACUUGUUUAGAAUUCCAAGAUUUUUCCAACGAAUCCAAACAUAACCCAAUCUAAAGAUAAAUUUGAUCUUUAAAACUUUUUUUUGAACAUUUCAAAGCCGGCAUUAGUAAUGAUUUAAGGCUAUUUUCGUAUAUAUAACGUGUCUAGAUAGACAAUUUCUUAGUAUAUCCAAAAAUAAAAAUUGAGGAGGAACUUUAAUAGAUCCCAAAUCACUGUCCCUCACCGUUUGGUCUUGAGUUGAGAAAUCGGCCAAUCAGAUUUUGUGGAAACCAAUUAUGUGGACAAAUACAUUGAAGUCACUAAUUGGAGCGUACUGAGUAUAUUUCAGUGUUGGAGUGUUUUGAUACCCCUUUUCAGAAAUUAAAGAAUCCAAUAUUAAAAAGCUAUUUUCUUCUCAUUUAGAUAACACCAUUCGUUUUAAUUUAUUUUUAGCAAUACAAUGUUAUUUAAAGUCAACACGAAUCUGGGUAUUUCCUUAUCAAUGACGUCCGUUUUGUAUCAUUUCGUCUCACACGCACGAAAUAAUUUUGUUUUUUUUCUGGUUACACAACAAUAUUGAAGAUCGUGUUUAUUGACCUUUUAUCGGUAAGCAAACAACCACGCUUUUAGCAGAAUGUUCUUUAAUAAAUGAGAGGUAAUGUGUAAUGUACGUAAGAAUCGGUAAUUUAACUUGAAUAUUUGUAAAACAGGCAAUCACCUUCAAAGAAAACGAACGAAAAAAUAGAAUAAGAAUGAAUUGAGGUUGAAUGAUUAGAAAAAGGAAAAGCAACAUAUAUUUAAUCCGUUAAUUCUAAACUGGUAAGGAAUCUUGUGAAACAAAUAAUGAAAAAUGGGAUAAAAUUAGGUGUAUUUCGGAAACUUUUCUAAUUUAAAAUUUUAGAAUGUCCUGCCUGUUUUAGAUUGGCAAAAUAAAAAAAAAA